AUGGUUAAGUCCGCCACUGGUGACGGAAACUAUGGGACACGCCGACGCACAGAUGUGAGCUUUUUGGACACGGUGGUCAUAAGACUACCUGGGUCUGCUGCAUAUUACCUGGAGCAAGGUGGAAGAGUCAAGGCAGGAGAUCGAGUUCUAAACCUAACUACUCCAAAAGUCUCCGGCUCCCUGAAAAUCUCUAAGAAUGAAAAAGGAGUCACCGCCUUCUUUCAAACAAAUACUUUGAAUGCCUCUGUCUACUUUGAUGGCUACACUGCUCAGAUCCACCUCCAUGCCACCACCCAUGAGGCCCUCUGUCAGGACAAGUUCUGUGCUUCUCACGAGUUCUGUGGGAAUGCCACCACCUGCUAUAGGAACUCUGCUUCAGCUUCUUUAAUAAACUGUCUCCUGAUGGAAAGAGGCUUCGACUACACAACCUUACACCUCAAAGACCCAAAAUGCAUUGGUGAAUUGCAAGACGGCGUGUUGACCUUCAGUUUCAACAACACUGAAAUGUGCAAGACAGAGGUCAUGGAUAGCGAUACACAGGUUAUCUACACGAACACCAUUACUUCGUCAGAAAGCAACGACCCGAUUAUCCGUCAGGACGAAAUAGCACUUAACUUUUCUUGCAGCUAUGCUCAGCCACCAAUCAAGACUCUGUCUUUCAAGAUCCAGAGCAGCUCUGUGGUAUCAGAGAUUAAAUCUGGAAUUUGGCAGUACAGUCUGACCAUGAAGGCCUACAGCGAUGCUGGCCUCCAACAAACUGCAACAUUGGUUACAUUGAACCAGAAGAUUUGGGUGGAGCUGAAGACUGCAGGACUGGAUAGUAAUUUGGUUGCAGUGGUGAUUGACUCCUGCUGGGCAAACAAAAACAAAGAAUCUGAUAAGUUACCGAAAUACAACCUCAUCAAAGCAGGCUGUGCAAACCCCAAAGACAAGUCAGUGAAAGUAGAGGGAAACGGUGAAGGAACGUCCAGCGUCUUCUCCUUCAACAUGUUCCAGUUCGCCAAGAGCGCUGCUGACGUCUUCCUGCAUUGCAAAGUCAACCUAUGUGGCAAAAAGGACAAGAGCUGUGCCCCGGUUGUUUUCACUGCGACUUGGACAGACUCAAAGGCUCACGACUUUCGCACUGAGUCCUGA